UCUCAAAUGGAGUUAUUUCUUCUUUCGUGAUAACUACGAAGCAAGGAAUUAGCAAAAUCGGAGCCAUGGCUGACGAUAAUUCGAAGAACAAGAAGAGAAAAGAGAAAGAGUCGGUUGUUCUUGACAAGGUCGCGCAAUCAGUAGCUUCCAUCUACGAAGCCAAGCACGUUGAUACCGUCAUUUGCGCCCUUCACUCCCUCGCAGUCCUCCUUUUUCCUGUCGACUCUUUAUGUGUUUCAGAUACAGUUGGUAAACAAUACAGAGAUCAGGUGAUCAAUGCAAAUGUCCAUUCGGUAGAGGAGAGACGUGAAUGGUGGGGUGUUUUCUACAAAGGAGUAGCUUUCCCUACACUAGCAAGGGUUUUGUUGAAUGAUGUUGCUUCCAAUUGGUUGGCCUGUUUCCCUCUCUCUGCAUCGAAAAAUGUUUAUGAUGUAUUUUUUGUGAACGGAGAUAUUGUGGAGGUUGUUCAAACUGUAGUUCCUUUUAUACGGAAAACUUCUGAUGGUAGUUCUGAUGUCUGCUCAAAUGCUGGGAGAGUCCUUACACUUUGCUUGCUUGAUAAUAAUGGGUUACUUCAGAUGGCUAGAGAAUUUGGUGCUUCGCCAAAGUUGGAAGAAAUUGAUAAGCUAGUUAUCUCUAGGUUGGUGCAACUUGUGACAUCUAUCCCUGACAAAGCACAUUCGGUAGCCUUGAAUGCUCUAUCAUCUCAUAUAUAUUACAAGCAGACUGUUUCUCAACUUUUGUCUGGAGCUGAGGAAUUUGACUCUAAUAUGUGUAAUAAAGCACUGAUUUUAGAUGAUAAUGGCUCAGAUGGCUCCCUUCUCUUUAUUGGCGAAGUUCUUGCUCGCAUUUGCCGGCGUGGGUCUGCAGAUAUUGUAUUAAGUGAAAUGGUAUCCCGGAUUCUUGCACAUGUCCGGAGUGCAUUAUCUUCAGACAGUAACUUGACAACUAGCGAAGUGUUUGAAUUGAAGCCUGGUUUUCUGUUUUGGAGGAAUAUAAUAAAAGCUAUCAGAGACCCCUUUGCUGUAGAAAAAAUGUCUGAACAUCUGUUGCGUCAUCUAGAAGCUGCACAUAUUAGCGAUGUUGAAGCUUACUGGACCCUUUGGAUAUUAUUCAAGGAGGUUCUUACACAUAAAGCCUCCAUCAGGACGAUGUUCGUUGAUAAAUUUUUACUUUGGAAGGUGUUUCCAAUCUGUUGUCUGAGAUGGAUUAUACAAUUUGCUAUUCUUGAAUUUCCGCCUGGUGCUACAAAAUCUCACAACAGUAGUGGACUCUUAGACAUUGUGCAGCAUCUAGCUGCUGCUUGGUGCAGGCGCGAGUUGGUGCAGUCGGCCUCAAUGGAGCAGCAAGCUUAUAUAACUGCAGCUUUAGGACUUACUUUGGAGAAGAUAUCCAAGGAAGAUUUGGCUGCAACAAAAGAUGUUAUGCAAUCAAUUCUUGAAGGAGUUAGCUGUAGACUGGAAAGUCCAACUCAUUUGGUUCGAAAGAUGGCCAGCAGCAUUGCCUUGGUUUUUUCUAUAGUAAUUGAUCCAAAUAAUCCUUUAUAUCUUGAUGAUAGCUGCCAGGAAGAGACCAUAGAUUGGGAAUUUGGAUUAGCAAACCGUCGUGAGAAAGGAACUUGUUCCACCACAAAACUAUUGGAUGACAAUGUUAGUGAAAGUGAAGCAACUGAUUUGUUGUUAAGGAAGAAUCUUUUAAAAGAAGCUGAUAGUGAGAAGCGAAACAUCUCUAAGGCUAGAAAGACAAGGUUGUCUGAAUUUAAACUAGUGGAUCCUGACGAGGUUAUUGAUCCAGCUGUCCUGAAUAGUGAACUGGGUUCUGAUGAAGAAGAAGAUGAUGAUGACGCUAGUGUAGAGUCUGAAACCUCGUCUCAAUCAUCCUUACAGCCAUAUGACUUGUCAGAUGAUGAUGUGGAUCUGAAACAAAAAAUCUCCCAGUUGGUUGAUGUGGUUGGAGCACUUAGAAAAUCAGAUGACCCAGAUGGGGUUGAUAGGGCUCUUGAUGUAGCGGAAAAGCUUAUUCGAGCAUCGCCUGACGAACUUCGAUAUAUAGCCAGUGAUUUGGUGAGAAUCCUUGUACAGGUUCGUUGUUGUGACUCAGCUGUGGACGGGGAAGAAGAAUCAGCUGAAGAAAAGAGACAAAAAGCUCUAGUGGCUUUGAUUUCCACCUCACCAUUUGAAUCUCUUGAUACAGUGGGCAACCUAUUAUACUCACCUAAUCUAGAUAUCAGCCAACGAAUCAUGAUACUAGAUGUCAUGACAUAUGCUGCGCAAGAACUUAGUGAUGCUAAAAUAACAAAACCUAAGAAUAACGCUAACAAGAUCCUCAUAUCAGAUGCUUCAGACGCUCAACCAUGGUUUGUUCCGAAUAAUGUGGGUCCCAUGGGGGCUGGUCCUUGGAAAGAGAUUUCAAGAAAUGGAACUCCAUUAAAUUGGUCCUACUCGUAUGAGAGAGACCUUCCGGUUAGAUCAAUUCAAGUCAGUCGAGGCAAGACUCGUCGUUGGAGCCUCAGAUCGAAAAGUAGACCAUCAAAUGAAAUGGAGCAAUCAUCAGAGAAUAAGUUUCCUCAAUAUGCAGCAGCGUUUAUGCUACCCGCAAUGCGUGGAUUUGACAAGAAAAGGCAAGGUGUCGAUUUGCUUGGAAGGGAUUUUAUAGUUUUGGGGAAACUCAUCUAUAUGCUUGGCGUUUGCAUGAAAUGUGCAGCAAUGCAUCCUGAAGCAUCUGCUUUGGCUCCAGCCCUCAUUGAUAUGUUAAGCUCAAGAGAGGUAUGUCAUCACGCGGAAGCAUAUGUGAGAAGAUCUGUCGUUUUUGCUGCUUCAUGCAUAUUAGUAGCAAUUCAUCCUUCUUUUGUAGCAUCAUCAUUGAUUGAAGGGAACACUGAAAUCUCCAAAGGGCUUGAGUGGAUUCGUGAAUGGGCUCUUCAUGUCGCUGAUUCUGACCCGGACAGAGAAUGCUAUACGCUUUCUAUAGCAUGUCUACAGCUUCAUUCUGAAAUGGCCCUUCAAACUUCGCGAGCACUUGAGACUAUCCGAACCAAAUCCUCUUCUACUUCGAUAAGUAGUCUGUCUCCCAAUCCAUUUAAAGGGGAAAUUAAGAUACCGCGUGGCAGCUUGGAAUUCUGAGUUCGGUUUCAAAUAUUCAUCGUGUUUAAUGUUAACACAAGUGUCCAGGUUUUUUUGCUUGUUUUCUACUGCUAUAGAGACUAAUUUAGUUUGAAAUUAAUCUCACUUUUGUAAGCUUGUACAAAUAAAUAUUGCUAAUUAUGAUUAUUUUUAUAAAGGGGAAGGUGAUAAUUCUA